AAGUCGCGGGGCAGCCGGAGGCCGCGGCGGUGGUGAUCGGUACGGAUGGUUUCCGCCUGCGGAAGCCUCUCGGAAUUGGGCUGUCGUCGGGUCGCAGCUCACGGAAGCCUUUGCCGCAGGGGUGGUUUCGGCUCGGUCUUCGCCGCCGGAAAUGGCCCAUGUGCUCUGUAACAGAGCCAGACUGGUUUCCUAUCUCCCAGGCUUUUGCUCUCUAGUUAGAAGAGUUGUUAAUCCAAAAGCCUUUUCAACUGCAGGAUCCUCAGGUUCUGAUGAAUCUCAUGUGGCCACUUCACCUCCUGAUAUAUGCUCUAGAACAGUAUGGCCUGAUGAAACUAUGGGACCAUUUGGACCUCAGGAUCAAAGAUUCCAGCUUCCAGGAAACAUAGGUUUUGAUUGCCACCUCAAUGGGACUGCAUUACAGAAGAAAAGCCAGGUUCAUAAAACUUUGCCCGAUGUUCUAGCAGAGCCAUUAUCCACCGAAAGACAUGAGUUUGUGAUGGCACAAUAUGUGAAUGAAUUUCAGGGUAAUGACACACCUAUUGAACAAGAAAUUAACAGUGCAGAAACUUAUUUUGAAAGUGCCAGAGUUGAGUGUGCAAUCCAAACAUGUCCAGAAUUGCUGCGAAGAGAUUUUGAAUCACUGUUUCCGGAAGUGGCCAAUAGCAAACUAAUGAUUCUAACUGUAACUCAGAAAACUAAGAAUGAUAUGACUGUUUGGAGUGAAGAGGUAGAAGUUGAAAGAGAAAUGCUGCUAGAAAAGUUCAUUAAUGGUGCUAAAGAAAUUUGCUAUGCUCUUCGAGCUGAAGGCUAUUGGGCUGACUUUAUUGAUCCAUCAUCUGGUUUGGCAUUUUUUGGACCAUAUACAAACAAUACUCUUUUUGAAACUGAUGAACGCUACCGACAUUUAGGAUUCUCUGUUGAUGAUCUUGGCUGCUGUAAAGUGAUCCGUCAUAGCCUCUGGGGAACUCACGUGGUUGUAGGAAGUAUCUUCACUAAUGCAACACCAGACAGCCAUAUUAUGAAGAAAUUAAGUGGAAACUAGCAGUAAUGUCAUUAUGUUAGCAGUACUGUUUGUGUGCAAUGAAUUGAGCUAUAUAAACACAGUCAGACUUCUAUGUUUCAAAUACACUUAUUUUUAGGUAUUUAUUUCAACAUUUAAGGAUUUACAGCAUUUGCAAGUGACUUGAGAUUUUAAAAUCUCAAGUGUUAAUCAUUCAUGUCAGUGAAUACAUGUUAAAUAUACCCACAUUCUGAAGAAUGGAAUUAACAUGUAAUCAGCAUAUGAUGUCUUAUUGUUAAUUCUCUACAUUAUUGCAAAAACCUUAGUUUUAAUUAUUUUUCCCAAAAAUAAAUCAUACAUGUGGUUAUAA